GCCUACCUGGUCCCAUACUUCAUCCUCCUCAUCCUCAUCGGCAUCCCACUCUUCUUCCUGGAGCUGGCGGUGGGCCAGAAGAUCCGUCGUGGGAGCAUCGGGGUGUGGAACUAUGUGUGCCCCCGCCUGGGCGGGAUAGGGGUGUCCAGUCUAAUGGUGAGUGACAGUGAGGAUGGUGUCUUUGGUUUUAAGUUGCCUAUUAUAUAAUCUCUUGGUUGAAGUGGAGGCUGGAAAUCAGUUUGUUAAGUGAUCACACUCCAAUCAUCAGAUUCUUGAAAGACGGGACAAUCUCAACUUUUUUUCACGAAUAUUUUUCUUAAUAAUGAACAAUAUGUUAAAUAUAUACAGUAUUUUGAUCAAAUCAACGUUUAUUGGUGCAGUACACAUACAGUAUUUGCAGACGUUAUCGCAACACUUAUGUAGGAUCUUAAUUUUAACCAGUUUGCUACAGCAGGAAAAUAAUAAAUUAUUAUGUGGAUUAUAAUUAAUGACAUUUUUUGUAAGGGUUGAUACAUUUUUCGUUAGGGCAAAUCAAGUCUGACAUUUUAAAGUGGAAAUUACAAACUUUCGAAGCCUUUUUAAACCUUGAAUACACUACAAGUUAGCAUUUCCUGCUAGUGAUGCGCUUGUUGACUCAUAACCCGCAGUCCCCGCAGUUAUAUCCGCAGGGCGGACGGGUUUAGGGUCAUUCAAUAUUGUGUGUAUGAAGGGUGGCUGGGUGGCAGCUUGAAUAAAGAGAAAACAACACCUUAAACAAUCCAUAAAUGUAUAUUUCUUGUUCAGUUUAUAUCUAUAGGCUACAUUUAGGUUUUUCUUUCAUUAUUUUAGGCUAUCUGGCAUCAGAGCAUAAGCCGAAGGUUUAACUGUAUACGGGAGCCAAAUAGCCUACACGCCAAUCGCCAAAUGCUUUUCGGAACGGGCAGAAAAAGUUAACAUCCACAGAGGCAAAAAGGGCAAUGUCAGAGUUGAAUUCAAUAAGACAAAAGCUGCAAAAGGAGAGUUGAGCCUCCAGAGUGGCGCAGCGGUCUAAGGCACUGCAUCGCAAUGCUAGAAGCGUCACUACAGACCCGGGUUUCAUCCCGGGCUGUAUCACAACCGGCCGUGAUCGGGAGUCCCAUAGGACGGCGCACAAUUGGCCCCGUGUUGUCCGGGUUAGGGGAGGGUUUGGCCAGGGGGGCUUUACUUGGCUCAUCGCACUCUAGCGACUCCUUGUGGCGGGCCGGGCACCUGCAGGCUGACCUAGGUCAUCAGGUGAAAGGUGUUUUCUCCGACACAUUGGUGCGGCUGGCUUCCGGGUUAAGUGGGCGGGUGUUAAGAAGCGCGGUUUGUCAGGUCAAGUUUCGGAGGAUACAUGACUCGACCUUCACCUCACGAGCCGGUUGGGGAGUUGCAUUGAUGAGACAAGAUCAAAAUUGGGGAGAAAAAGGGGAUAUAGAAAAAAAGAAGAAAAAAAGGAGAGUUGAAAUUGAAGGGAGGGUCAGAAAAGUAAUGUUUGGGAAAGAUUUGGUGAAGUGGUGAAAGAGGAUAAAAGCAGUGCCAGAUAUGUUAUGUGUGAUGAUUGGGCUCUAUACAAAUCAGACAGUCACAAGACAGGGACUCCAAUAGGCCUAUGGAAUGUCAAGGGAACUGCAGCCUACUGUUCAGAUGGGUUAAAUGGAAAUUAAAUCUGGACACUGACUGUAGGUCUAUAGCCUCUCACAUAGCCUUAAUAUUAACUCCUACAGAGUUAAGCAUUUCUUGCAGUAAAAUGCAGUAAAAUGAUACACCAAAUGUAUCAUUUUUACUCGGGAACAGGAGUGGAGACAUAUGAUUUAUUUAUUUCAGCAUCUUGAGAGAAUGCAAAUGCUCAGUUAGAUACCAUCUGUAGAGGUGCUAUCUUUAUCAGCAUCAUAAAAGCUUAUAGUAUUUCAACCACAUAAAUAUGCAUCCAAGCCAAACUGAAAUCUUAUCAGAAACAUGUUGGGACGUUUUCACAGCUAUCUAUUUCCUUACAACUGGUGAAACUGAUAUUAUUUGGACAUUUUGCACAGAAAAUCGUUCAAUUUUUUUUAUAGUUAUUGCAUUUUCUCCCCGGUCCCUAAAAGUCUUUGCUCCACAAAAGAAGAUGACAGAGAAAACUUUACCAAUGUCAACUAGAUUGAAGCAUUAAUUCUAUCGAUUUAUUACAUUAUUCUGGUGAGCAAGGUUUUUUUUUUGUCUUCUAGGGCAGCAUAUAAUGACAGAGGAGAAGCUGUAUGUAUCUAAAUUAUACACAAGUUGACUAAUAAAUAGCGUACCAAAAUGUCGGAAAUUAUAAGCAGAAGCAUAUCUAAAUCAGGCCCCAAAAAAUCCUGCACCACCUCUCAAAAAAUUGUAGCCUAUAGCGCAUUUUCUGUAGCCUAUAGCGCAUUUUCUAUAUUUGUGGGUUAGGGUCGGGUGUGGGCCUCAGAUUUUCACUUAAUCACAUAUAGUCGCGCGGUUGUGGAUGGGUUAUUAGCAAUUGUGGGUGGGUGCUGGUGAACAAACAGCUGACAAAUAGCACCACUAUUUCCUGUGCAGGAACAUUCUCAGCAACAAAAGAGUGAUCAAAUGAAGAUCCUACAUCUGUAGCUCUCACAGUGCAGUAAUAUCUAGCAAUGCAAUAACACUAUACACAUAAUCCAAAAAGUAAAGAAAUAUCAGAACAAGCAAUAUCAGAACGAGCAAUGUCAGAGUCCAGAAAAUAUACAGUACCAGUCAAACGUUUGGACACACCUACUCAUUCAAGGGUUUUUCUAUAUUUUUACUAUUUUCUACAUUGUAGAAUAAUAGUGAAGACAUCAAAACUAUGAAAUAACACAUAUGGAAUCAUGAGAACUGUUGUGCUGAUUAAAGAAGCAAUAAAACUGGCUUUCUUGAGACUAGUUGAGUAUCUGGAGAAUCAGCAACUGUGGGUUCGAUUACAGGCUCAAAAUGGCCAAAAACAAAGAACUUUCCUCUGAAACUCGUCAGUCUAUUCUUGUUCUGAGAAAUGAAGGCUAUUCCAUGCGAGAAAUGGCCAAGAAAUCUCGUACAAUGCUGUGUACUACUCCCUUCACAGAACAGCGCAAACUGGCUCUAACCAGAAUAGAAAGAGGAGUGUGAGGCCCCGGUGCACAACUGAGCAAGAGGACAAAUACAUUAGAGUGUGUAGUUUGAGAAACAGGCGCCUCACAGGUCCUCAACUGGCAGCUUCAUUAAAUAGUACCCGCAAAACACCAGUAUCAACGUCAACAGUGAAGAGGCGACUCCGGGAUGCUGACCUUCUAGGCAGAGUUGCAAAGAAAAAGCCAUAUCUCAGACUGGCCAAUAAAAAUAAAAUAUGAAUAUGGGCAGUCUGAGAUAUGGCUUUUUCUUUGCAACUCUGCCUAGAAGGUCAGCAUCUCGGAGUCGCCUCUUCACUGUUGACGUUGAGACUGGUGUUUUGCGGGUACUAUUUAAUGAAGCUGCCAGUUGAGGAUCUGUGAGGCGUCUGUUUCUCAAACUAGACACUUGCCUUGAUGAAAGCUUUGCACACUCUUGGCAAUCUCUCAACCAGCUUCAUGAGGAAUGCUUUUCCAACAGUCUUGAAGGAGUUCCCACAUAUGCUGAGCACUUGUUGGCUGCUUUUCCUUCACUCUGAGGUCCACCAUCUCAAUUGGAUUGAGGUCGGGUGAUUGUGGAGGCCAGGUCAUCUGAUGCAGCACUCCAUCACUCUCCUUAUUGGUCAAAUAGCCCUUACACAGCCUGGAGGUGUGUUUUGGGUCAUUGUCCUGUUGAAAGACAAAUGAAAGUCCCACUGAGCACAAACCAGAUGGGAUGGCGUAUCGCUGCAGAAUGCUGUGCUAGCCAUGCUGGUUAAGUGUGCCAUGAAUUCUAAAUAAAUCACAGACAGUGUCACCAGCAAAGCAGCCCCACAUCAUCACACCUCCUCGUCCAUGCCUCACAGUGGGAACCACACAUGCAGAGAUAAUCUGUUCACCUACUCUGCGGUUCACAAAGACACGGCGGUUGGAACCAAAAAUGCAGCAAUUCGACCAUGGAGCCCUGAUUCACACAGUCUCUUCUGAACAGUUGAUGUUGAGAUGUGUCUGUUACUUGAACUCUGUGAAGCAUUUAUUUGGGCUGCAAUCUGAGGUGCAGUUAACUCUAAUGAACUUAUCCUCUGCAGUAGAGGUAACUCUGGGUCUUCCUUUCUUGUGGCGGUCCUCAUGAGAGCCAGUUACAUCAUAGCGCUUGAUGGUUUUUGCGACUGCACAUGAAGAAACGUUCAAAGUUCUUGACAUUUUCUGGAUCUUUAAGUAAUGAUGGACUGUCGUUUCUCUAUGCUUAUUUGAGCUGUUUUUGCCAUAAUAUCGACUUUUACCAAAUAGGGCUAUCUUCUGUAUACCACCCCUACCUUGUCACAACACAACUGAUUGGCACAAAUUAACUUUUAACAAGGCACACCUGUUAAUUGUAAUGCAUUCCAGGUGACUACCUCAUGAAGCUGGUUGAGAGAAUGCCAAGAGAGUGCAAAGCUGUCAUCAAGGCAAAGGGUGGCUACUUUGAAGGAUCUCAAAUAUAAAAUAUAUUUGGAUUUGUUGAACACUUUUUUGGUUACUACAUGAUUCCAUAUGUGUUAUUUCAUAGUUUUGAUGUUCUCACUAUUAUUCUACAAUGUAUAAAAUAGUACAAAUAAAGAAAAACCCUUGAAUGAGUAGGUGUGUCCAAAAUUUUCACUGAUGCUGUAUAUACAGUGCAUUCGGAAAGUAUUCAGACCCCUUGACUUUUUCCACGUUUUGUUACAUUACAGCCUUAUUCUAAAAUGGAUUAAAUAAUUUUUUUCACUCAUCAAUCUACACACAAAACCCCAUAAUGACAACGCGAAACCAGGUUUUUAGAAAUGUUAGCAAAUGUAUUAAAAAUAAAAAACAGAAAUACCUUAUUUACAUAAGUAUUCAAACCCUUAUUGAGCUCAGGUGCAUCCUGUUUCCAUUGAUCAUCCUUGAGAUGUUUCUACAAUUUGAUUGGAGUCCACCUGUAGUAAAUUAAAUUGAUUGGACAUGAUUUGGAAAGGCACACACCUGUCUAUAUAAGGUCCCACAGUUGACAGUGCAUGUCAGAGCAAAAACUAAUCCAUGAGGUCGAAGGAAUUGUCAGUAGAGCUCCGAGGCAGGAUUGUGUCGAGGCACAGAUCUGGGGAAGGGUACCAAAACAUUUCUGCAGCAUUGAAAGUCCCCAAGAACACAUUGGCCUCAAUUAUUCUUAAAUGGAAGAUGUUUGGAACCACCAAGACUCUUCCUAGAGCUGGCCUCCCAUUCAAACUAAGCAAAUGGGGGGAGAAGGGCCUUGGUCAGGGAGGUGACCAAGAACCCGAUGGUCACUCUGACAGAGCUCCAGAGUUCCUCUGUGGAGAUGGGGGAACCUUCCAGAAGGACAACCAUCUCUGCAGCACUCCACCAAUCAGGCCUUUAUGGUAGAGUGGCCAGACGGAAGCCACUCCUCAGUAAAAGGCACAUGACAGCCCGCUUGGAGUUUGCCAAAAGGCACCUAAAGACUUUCAGACCAUGAGAAACAAGAUUAUCUGGUCUGAUGAAACCAAGAUGGAACUCUUUGGCCUGGAUGCCAAGCGUCACGUCUGGAGGAAACCUGGUACCAUCCCUACGGUGAAGCAUGGUGGUGGCAGCAUCAUGCUGUGGGGAUGUUUUUCAGCAGCAGGGACUGGGAGACUAAUCAGGAUCGAGGGAAAGAUGAACGGAGCAAAGUACAGAGAGAUCCUUGAUGAAAACCUGCUGUAGAGCGCUCAGGACCUCAGACUGGGGAGAAGGUUCACCUUCCAACAGGACAACGACUCUAAGCACACAGCCAAGACAACGCAGGAGUGGCUUCGGGACAAGUCUCUGAAUGUCAUUGAGUGGCCCAGCCAGAGCCUGGGCUUGAACCUGAUCGAACAUCUCUGGAGAGACCUGAAAAUAGCUGUGCAACGCUCCCCAUCCAACCUGACAAAGAGGUUGAGAGGAUCUGCAGCGAAGAAUGGGAGAAACUCCACAAAUACAGGUGUGCCCAGCUUGUAGCGUCAUACCCAAGAAGACCUGAGGCUGUAAUCGCUGCUUCAACAAAGUACUGAGUAAAGGGUUUGAAUACUUAUGUUAAUGUGAUUUUUCAGUUUUUUGUUUUUAAUACAUUUGCAAACAUUUCUAACAGUUUUUUCUUUGUCAUUAUGGGGUAUUGUGUGUAGAUUGAUGAGGGGGGAAAACCAUUUAAUCAAUUUUAGAAUAAGGCUGUAACGUACCAAAAUGUGAAAGAAGUCAAGGGGUCUGAAUACUUUCCGAAUGCACUGUAUGUCAACUCCGUCAGACACCAUAAAAGGCAUUUCUUUUUUACAAUUAUUGUCCAACAAGUUUUUAAAGGCCUUGAAUGUUUAAUUGAUUGAUUUUCUAGAUUUAGAACAUAAAACAAUAUUUAUAAAGCAAACAUUAUCCCUCAGGCUUAGCACAGCAAAUCCUUCAAUUGUUUAAGCUUGUGUUGCAGAACAGUGAUUCAAAUAUUUUUUCAGAAUGUUGACAAGAACAUACAAGUUAAAUACAAACAAUUCUAAACUUUGUAAAAUUAUUCAUUUGAAAAUCUCCAAUAAAAACAUAACCAUUCUAUUACAAUUGUCAGCACUCUGACGGAGUUGAAUGUUAGAAUAAAAUCUGACAGAGUUAAUGUUUUACUGAGUUGUCAAAAAUGGCAUUUUUCUUCUUCAUUUAAGUGGUAUAAACAGUAGCAAUUUUGUUUUCCUCAGUUGCUUUAUGGAAUGGAAAUAGACCUUGUGUAAAUCUGUUGAUCUGGAUUGUGUAAUCGGGGGGUUAGGGUGUGAAAGAGAGACAACCCCCGUUGGAGUUGCACGUGACUGAGAGUAGCGUGGGAGAGGCAAGGGAUGGCUAAUUUUGACCUCUUAAGAGAUCACAGUGAAAACGGAUGAAAGAGUGCACUUUAAUAAGUCAUGGAGUUCCCGACCUUGUUUAGCUUCUGCCUGUCCUCGUUGACAUGAAGGCUCAGAAGACGGUCAGGAACAUGAGACAAUAACAUACUUCUCCUGCCUACAGUGGCUUGCGAAAGUAUUCACCCCCCUUGGCAUUUCACCUAUUUUGUUGCCUUACAACCUGGAAUUAAAAUGGAUUUUUGGGGGGUUUGUAUAAUUUGAUUUACACAACAUGCCUACCACUUUGAAGAUGCAAAAUAUUUUUUCUUGUGAUACAAACAAGAAAUAAGACAAAAAAAACAGAAAACUUGAGCGUGCAUAACUAUUCACCCCCCCCCCCCCCCCCCCCCCCCCCCCCCCCCCCCCACCCCAAAGUCAAUACUUUGUAGAGCCACCUUUUGCAGCAAUUACAGCUGCAAGUCUCUUGGGGUAUGUCUCUAUAAGCUUGGCACAUCCAGCCAGUGGGAUUUUUGCCCAUUCUUCAAGGCAAAACUGCUCCAGCUCCUUCAAGUUGGAUGGGUUCCGCAGGUGUACAGCAAUCUCUCAAUUGGAUUGAGGUCUGGGCUUUGACUAGGCCAUUCCAAGACAUUUAAAUGUUUCCCCUUAAACCACUCAAGUGUUGCUUUAGCAGUAUGCUUAGGGUCAUUGUCCUGCUGGAAGGUGAACCUCCGUCCCAGUCUCAAAUCUCAGGAAGACUGAAACAGGUUUCCCUCAAGAAUUUCCCUGUAUUUAGCGCCAUCCAUCAUUCCUUCAAUGCUGACCAGUCCCUGCCGAUGAAAAACAUCCCCACAGCAUGAUGCUGCCACCAUGCUUCACUGUGGGGAUGGUCUUCUCAGGUGAUGAGUGGUGUUGGGUUUGCGCCAGACAUAGCGUUUUCCAUGAUGGCCAAAAAGCUAAAUUUUAGUCUCAUCUGACCAGAGUACCUUCUUCCAUAUGUUUAAGGAGUCUCACACAUGCCUUUUGGCGAACACCAAAUGGUUUGCUUAUUUUUUUCUUUAAGCAAUGGCUUUUUUCUGGCCACUCUUCCGUAAAUCCCAGCUCUGUGUAGUGUACGGCUUAAAGUGGUCCUAUGGACAGAUACUCCAAUCUCCGCUGUGGAGCUUUGCAGCUCCUUCAGGGUUAUCUUUGGUCUCUUUGUUGCCUCUCUGAUUAAUACCCUCCUUGCCUGGUCCGUGAGUUUUGGUGGGCGGCCCACUCUUGGCAGGUUUGUUGUGGUGCCAUAUUCUUUCAAUUUUUUAACAAUGGAUUUAAUGGUGCUCCAUGGGAUGUUCAAUGUUUCUGAUCUUUUUUUAUAACCCAACCCUGAUCUGUACUUCUCCACAACUUUGUCCCUGACCUGUUUGGGGAGCUCCUUGGUCUUCAUGGUGCCAAUGCUUGGUGGUGCCCCUUGCUUAGUGGUGUUGCAGACUCUGGGGCCUUUCAGAACAGGUGUAUAUAUACUGAGAUCAUGUGACAGAUCAUGUGACACUUAGAUUGCACACAGGUGGACUUUAUUUAACUAAAUAUGUGACUUUUGAAGGUAAUUGGUUGCACCAGAUCUUAUUUAGGGGCUUCAUAGCAAAGGGCCUGAAUACAUAUGCACACACCACUUUUUUGUUAUUUAUUUUGUAUAAUUUUUUGAAACAAGUUAUUUUUUUCAUUUCACUUCACCAAUUUGGACUAUUUUGUGUAUGUCCAUUAGAUGAAAUCCAAAUAAAUAUCAAUUUAAAUUACAGGUUGUAAUGCAACAAAAUAGGAAAAACGCCAAGGAGGAUGAAUACUCCAUCUGAAUGAGAAAGAUAUUGACAUUGCCUCUUAGUAGUGUAUAUGUAUGAACAUUCACACACACACACUCUGCCAUUUGACUGAAAGUGUGGCAUCAACUAGCAGUGAGAUGGACUCGUGCUGAGGAGCACCUCAGUUCCAAUGGACUUUCUUACUCGAACAGACUCUGCCUCUCCUCCAUUCCAGGUGUGUGGCUUUGUGGGGCUCUACUACAAUGUCAUCAUCGGCUGGAGCAUAUUCUACUUCUUCCAGUCCUUCCAGUACCCACUGCCAUGGGCCGAAUGCCCUAUCAGGAGGAAUGGAUCAUUAGCAAGUGAGUGGAUGCCAGAUCUGAAUAGAGGGACAGAGGAGAGAUGCAGAAGGCACAGAAAAGUCAUAUAACGCAGCAGGGUGGCCAUGACCAAUGUGGUUUGUCACACUUUGUCACACAAACUAGAAAGGCUUCAAUGGAUUUUGAAUCCAUUCUCCUUUUUUAAUAAGGCCUGUAUUUGAUUACUCAGAUAUUACUCAUUUCCAACGGGUUAUACACACUCAUUUUGCCCUGUAGAAUAAGAAUGAAUCCAUACUUGCACGAUCAUUUUUGAUCAGUCUGAGAGAAACACAUUUGUGUUUCGUAGUUCAAUCUCCCAGUUCAAUCCAGUGUCGACCAGGGCAGGCGCUGAAUCACACAUCUAACUCGAUCAGCUGAUGGUGUUAGUUUACUUACGAGACUCCUUCAUGACUCAGAUGGAGAUACUCCAGAUUAAAGUCCUCUGAGGCUCUAUUAGAUUAGAAGUGGUGAUAAUAAAAUCACUCAGCGCCUGACCUCUCUUCUCUUUUCAUCUCCUUUCCUCUCUUCUCGUCUCCUCUCCUCUCCUCCGCCCCUCACAUGUCACAGCAGUAUGAGACAGUCAGCCACCAGUGAGCAUGGAGGAGAGCAGCUGCAGCUGGUCAGAUAGUUCUGCUCCAACAGAAGGGUUCUUACACUGAGAGACAGAGGCAUAAGGCAUGGUGUAGCAAGUCAUCAUGUUAUUGUGUAAUCAUACAGUACUUCACACAAAUGCUAGUAUUGUAUGUGAUUCCCCAUAGGUUUAAUUGUACAUUACUGCUAAUGGUGGUUUACUACACCGUGCCAGGUAACCUCCUACACUACAGUAUAGUGGUAAAUGAGGUUUUCCACAGUGGCAUUACAGGUUGUCUGUAGCAUUGUCUUUAAUCCUGUGUUAAAAAGUGACCUCUCGCCAUGGUCAUAGUGAACGGUAGACCCCAUAAUUCAUGCAGGGUUGUGGGACCCCAGGACCACACUGCUUUGCACCCACUCUGGCCUGGCCCCAUGGUUACAUGUCUGCACUAACAACAUCAUAUAGACUGUGGUUCACAUUGGCACCGAUCAGCUAAAGAACACAGAGACCAAGGUCAUUCAGACCUACUGUAGCUUUCACUUUUAAUACAGUUCGGUCAUGCUGGAGCGACAUGUAGGAGAGGAGGGAGAUGGGAGAGAUAAGGGAGGGAGAGAGAGAGGGGCACAGAUAGACAGAGUUACUGCAUAUAAGCUUGAAUGCAAUCACUCAUAGAGAGAGGAAGCAAGAGAGGAUAAAAAGAGAAUUAUGGAGGCCAUCUUGAUUUCCUCUGCUGAACAUUGCCAUCUACUUGACAUAAAUAGAGACUGGUACACUUAGUUGAGCUGGCCAUUUCUGUGCGUGCAUGCAUGUGUGUCCAUGUGUGUGUAUUUCUGCAGUACAUCUGUAAGAAUGCUUUCUCCAGACUUAGAUCCAUGUAUAUUUUACCCAAGGUUGAACUAUUAAAGGUGAAAAUAUGAGAGUCCUGAAUGAGUGCUCACACUGUGCAUGCCAAGUACAAGGAUGACUUUGUUUACCCAGGCUGGUCUCAUAGACUAAACAUAACAUAGUAAAUGAAAAUCCGGGACACUCAAAUUAGUAUGAUAUGUUACGUUUAGGAUGGUUACAUAAGACAGAGGUUACUUAAGGAAAAAAUGAAAGGAGGGUGGUUGGUCAGGGUGGAUGGGUAGGCGUAUAACGCUAAUGUCUAGCAAACCAAAGGUUGUGUCUUCGAAUCUCAUCUUGGACAACUUUACCAUUUUAGCUAAUUAGCAAAUUUGCAACUACUGACUACUUUUUAGCUACUUUGCAACUACUUAGCAUGUUAACUAAGCCUAACCCUAACUCUUAACCCUUUAACCUAACUCUUAGCCUUAACCCUAAACUUAACCCCUAACCAAUAGCCUAGCUAACGUUAGCCACCUAGCUAACAUUAGCAUUAGCCACCUAGCCACCUAGCCAUCCAGCUAACGUUAGCCACAACAAAUUGAAAUUCAUAACAUAUCAUAUGAAUUGCAAAUUUGUAACAUAUUGUACGAAUUGCAAUACGUAACAUAUCAUACGAAUUGUAAUUUGUAACAUAUCAUACGAAAUGGAUGAUGGGCAUCCACAAAUUAAUACAUACCAUACCAAACGUAACAUAUCAUACUAAUUGGAGUGUCCCAGAUCUUCGUUUACUAUGUUACGUCUACCCCUGACUCCAGGUUGGUUUACCUUACUAAUGUCAGUCUGGGAGAGCCAAUCCAGAGGGGGGAGGGGAUUUGGUCCCUGUGUAAAUAUUCUAUCCCUUAUUAUAUUUAUCUUGUUCUCUAUCUUCCGCCCUUCUACUCCCCCUUUACUCUCCCUAUCUCAUACCUCCCUCCCCUUUCUCUCCCUCUCUUUCAUUCUCUCUGACCUCCCUCCCUUUUCACCAACACUCUUCUCACCCUCCCUCUCUCUCUCCCUCCCCCCUCACUGACCACCCUCCUCCCCCUCACCCCUCUGCAGUCGUGGAGCCUGAGUGUGAGAAAAGCUCGGCCACCACCUACUUUUGGUACCGCCAGACCCUGAAUACCACCAGCACCAUCGCAGAUAGCGGCGGCCUGAACGUCAAGAUGACCCUGUCUCUGCUGGUGGCCUGGAUCAUCGUCUGCCUGGCUGUCAUCAGAGGUAUCGCGUCCUCCGGGAAGGUAGGGAGCACUGUGGGGAGAAAGUGGAGGGUUUGUGGGGAAGAGGGGCAAGGAGGAUGGGGGAGAGGGGCAGGGGGUGUGGGGGAAAGGGAAACUGGGUGUGGGGAGAGGGGCAGGGGACGUGGGGGAGAGGGGUGUGGGGGAGAGGGGCAGGAUGCCUGGGGAGACGGGCAGGGGGCAUGGGGGAAGAGUCAAAAGAGUGUAGGGAAAAUAUAUGACAGGUCCACACUUUUUAAAGAACAUGACAUGACUAAAAAUUGCACAACUGAACUGGAGUUCUACUGAACUGGAGUGCUGCUGAACUGGUGUCCUUCCUUCCUCUGGCAUGGAUGGUGUAGCUAUAAUACAGAACGUGUGACUGAAUGUUGUUUCCUGUGGUCUGACAGGUGAUGUACUUCAGCUCUCUGUUCCCCUACGUGGUGCUCUUCUGUUUCCUGGUGAGAGGUUUGCUGUUGAAGGGCGCUGUGGAUGGCAUCGCACACAUGUUCACUCCCAAGGUGAGAUUCAGAGAAGGCCGUUAUACACAUGCGCACACGCAUGCAUGCACAGAGAAGCUUCCAUUGCAGUUGCAUGCUGUCAUUUAUGGGAAAAGCCAGUGGUAAGACAGCUACUACCCCUAUAUAAUUUAUAAACAUUUCUAAUAAUUAAAACCAACCAGUCAGUCAAUGUGUUAUUGUGUGUUCAAGCUGGAGAAGAUGCUGGAGCCCCAGGUUUGGAGGGAGGCAGCCACACAGGUGUUUUUUGCCCUUGGCCUGGGCUUCGGUGGAGUCAUCGCCUUCUCCAGCUACAACAAGAUAGACAACAACUGCCACUUUGACGCCGUGCUCGUCUCCUUUAUCAACUUUGUCACCUCCAUCCUGGCUACUCUGGUGGUGUUCGCUGUGCUGGGCUUCAAGGCAAACCUUAUGAACGAGAAGUGUGUCAUAGAGUGAGUUCAAAUCAACUGCCCUAUCGGCCAUCUAGUAGGGGAGAGUGGGGUAAGUUGAGCCAAAGGGGUAAGUUGAGCCAGCCUUGUUUCUAGGAAACCAUACAUAAAAUUAAUCAUGUGACCAAAUAUUUUGGAGGUCAUCAUUUCAUGGAGUCUGUGAAUGAAGAAACCACAUGGAAAAAGUUAGGUCCAAGAAACUGAAAACUGAUUUUCACAAAGUCAAAUUAAUGUAUUGUGUUCUAAGUUUCAUGAUGCUUUUAUCUAAACCAAAGUAGAUCAUUUUAAGAUUGUUUUAUACAUCAGUUGGGGUCUUUAUAAGCUACAAUAUGAGGUCCUAAACCUAGCAUGAAAGUGCAUCCCUGUAGAUGUGUGAGUUAAUAUAGUCCAAAUGUUUGCAUUGGGGUAAGUUGAGCCAAUGGCCACCAUACCCCAUACAAACAAUGAUUACAUAUUGUCCGUUUUAUACAUAAAACUGAUAUUAUUUUUGCAAUGUGUCAUGCGUAUGAACUCAAGUGCAUGUUUAUUGUUACAGACAAGACAUCAUCAUGCCCUGUGCAUACAGACAUAAAAAGGGCAGGGGUCUAGCCCCCCUUGAGGUUCUUGAGAGAGCAGCCAAGGAAGUGAGAGAAAGGAAGAAGUCCAUUCGAGCAGGAGCAAGGGAUGAAAAAAUAGACUGAAUGACACCGAAGAGGUACAUUGACAAAAAAGAAAACGAUACCUGUACCUAUGCAAAAGAGUGGCUAUGAUAGAGUAGCAGAAGCACACAAAGUAUUAUCUGAUGACAUGGAGUCUGAGCUUGCUAAACAUAUCAAGAAUCUUGCAGACCAGUUUCAUGGGCUUAGUAGCCUCAAAUGCAGAGAACUUACCUACGAAUUGGCACAUCCAAACAAUAUCCCUGUCCCAGGCAAGUGGUCAAUAAAUGGAAGGGUAAGUGAUAUUGAACAGAGAAUCUAUGCAUUUAAGUUAUUCAAUAUACCAUACCCCCCCCAUUCCUUGAAUUAAACUUUGACCUACCAGAACCAUCACCCACUGUCACAGGACACCAUCACCCACUUACCCCAAGUCUGCUCAACUUACCCUGUCCCUAUGCUCAAUUUACCCAAUACCCGGGAUAGAUUCUGCCAAGAGACCACUUUUUUUGGACAAGCUAUGUUUUCAAAACUGUUAUGUUUACAUUAAUUCUGAUUAUUUCCAGGGAUACACAACAUCCUAAAAUAUAUGUAGGUAUCUCGGUUAGAAAGAAAACUAUAUUUCCUUUGACGGAGUGAUGCUGAAUGUAAAAAAUGGCUCAAUUUACCCCAUUCUCCCCUAGUGAUAGUGGAGGGAAUUUAAGCUGUCUAAUCCAGAAUGAAACGACUCUUUGCUCACGCCAUACAUUUUUUAUCAUGCCCUCUCUGUGAUCAGAGUCAGGACUUUUGCAGUACGUUUCAUCUUGUGCUCUAACAUGUUUCCCUGUGGUGUCUUCAGGAAUGCAGAGAAGAUCCUUGGCUACCUGAACUCUAACGUGCUGAGUCAUGACCUCAUUCCGCCACACGUCAACUUCUCCCAGCUGUCCACCGUAGAUUACGCUGAGAUAUACGGCGUCAUCAAGACUGUGAAGGAGGGCAGCUUCGCCGAGCUGGGCCUGGACCCCUGUGUCCUGGAGGAUGAGCUCAACAAGGUACAGUGGGUCUGUUUGUCUGGGCUUUGAGCUCUACAUCACCGAAACUGGAUCUGUAUAUAAUCCAUCUUCACAACACCAAACCAAUUAGGCUUUUUCUAGUCAUCCUUAUAAAUAAAAUAAAAUAAAAUUGUAUUUGUCACAUGCGCCGAAUAGAACAGAUGUAGACCUUACAGUGAAAUGCUUACAAGCCCUUAACAGCAGUUUUAAGAAAAAUAAGUAAAAAAUAAAAUAACAAAUACAAAGAAAUAACAAAUAAUUAAAGAGCAGCAGUAAAAUAACAGUAGCUAGGCUAUAUACAGGGGGUACCGCUACAGAGUCAAUGUGCGGGGGCACAGGUUAGCCGAGGUAAUUGAGGUAAUAUGUACAUGUACGUAGAGUUAAAGUGACUAUGCAUAGAUAAUAAACAGAGAGUAGCAGCAGCGUCCGGGUAGCCAUUUGAUUAGUUGUUCAGGAGUCUUAUGGCUUGGGGGUAGAAGCUGUUAAGAAGCCUUUUGGACCUAGACUUGGCGCUCCGGUACCGCUUACUGUGCGGUAGCAGAGAGAACAGUCUAUGACUAGGGUGGCUGGAGUUUGACCAUUUGUAGGGCCUUCCUCUUACACCGCCUGGUAUAUAGGUCCUGGAUGGCAGGAAGCUUGGCCCCAGUGAUGUACUGGGCCGUACGCACUGCCCUCUGUAGUGCCUUGCGGUCGGAGGCCGAGCAGUUGCCAUACCAAGCACUGAUGAAACCAGUCAUGAUGCUCUCGAUGGUGCAGCUGUAGAACUUUUUGAGGAUCUGAGGACCCAUGCCAAAUCUUUUCAGUCUCCUGAGGGGGAAUAGGCUUUGUCGUGCCCUCUUUAUGACUGUCUUGGUGUGUUUGGACCAUGAUAGUUUGUUGGUGAUGUGGACACCAAGGAACUUGAAGCUCUCAACCUGCUCCACUACAGCCCCGUCGAUGAGAAUGGGGGCGUGCUCGGUCCUCCUUUUCCUGUAGUCCACAAUCAUCUUCUUUCUCUUGAUCACGUUGAGGGAGGGGUUGUUAUCCUGGCACCACACGGCCAGGUCUCUGACCUCCUCCCUAUAGGCUGUCUCAUCGUUGUCGGUGAUCAGGCCUACCACUGUUGUGUCGUCGGCAAACUUAAUGAUGGUGUUGGGGUCGUGCCUGGCCAUGCAGUCAUUGGUGAACAGGGAGUACUGGAGGGGACUGAGCACAUACCCCUGAAGGGCCCCUGUGUUGAGGAUCAGCGUGGCAGAUGUGUUGUUACCUACCCUUACCACCUGGGGCGGCCCGUCAGGAAGUCCAGGAUCUAGUUGUAGAGAGAGGUGUUUAGUACCAGGGUCCUUAGCUUAGUGAUGAGCUUUGAGGGCACUAUGGUGUUGAACGCUGAGCUGUAGUCAAUGAAUAGCAUUCUCACGUAGGUGUUCCUUUUGUCAAGGUGGGAAAGGGCAGUGUGGAGUGCAAUAGAGAUUGCAUCAUCUGUGGAUCUGUUGAGGCGAUAUGCAAAUUGGAGUGAGUCUACAAUUUCUGGGAUAAUGGUGUUGAUCUGAGCCAUGACCAGCAUUUCAAAGCACUUCAUGGCUACAGACGUGAGUGCUACGGGUCUGUAGUCAUUUAGGCAGGUUACCUUAGUGUUGUUGGGCACAGGGACUAUGGUGGUCUGCUUGAAACAUGUUGGUAUUACAGACUCAGUCAAGGACAGGUUGAAAAUGUCAGUGAAGACACUUGCCAGUUGGUCAGCGCAUGCUCGGAGUACACGUCCUGGUAAUCCGCCUGGCCCUGCAGCUUUGUGAAUGUUGACCUGUUUGAAGGUCUUACUCACAUCAGCUAUGGAGAGCGUGAUCACACAGUCGUCCAGAACAGCUGAUGCUCUCAUGUAUGCUUCAGUGUUGCUUGCCUCGAAGCGAGCAUAGAAGUAAUUUAGCUCGUCUAGUAGGUUUGUGUCACUGGGCAGCUCGCGGCUGUGCUUCCCUUUGUGGUCUGUAAUAGUUUGCAGGCCCUGCCACAUCCGAUGCGCGUUGGAGCCGGUGUUGUACGAUUCAAUCUUAGUCCUGUAUUGACGCUUUGCCUGUUUAAUGGUUCGUCGAAGGGCAUAGCGGGAUUUCUUAUAAGCGUCCGGGUUAGAGUCCCUCUCCCUGAAAGCGGCAGCUCUACCCUUUAGCUCAGUGUGGAUGUUGCCUGUAAUCAAUGGCUUCUGGUUGGGGUAUGUACGUACGGUCACUGUGGGGAUGACGUCAUCGAUGCACUUAUUGAUGAAGCCAGUGACUGAUGUGGUGUACUCCUUAAUGCCAUCCGAAGAAUCCCGAAACAUAUUCCAGUCUGUGCUAGCAAAACAGUCCUGUAGCUUAGCAUCUGCAUCAUCUGACCACUUCUUUAUUGACCGAGUCACUGGUGCUUCCUGCUUUAGUUUUAACUAAACUCCUUCUUGGCUCUUCUGUACCCUCUCCCUCUCUCUAUCACAAUAUCUUGGUCUUCUUUUGCUCCCUCUCUCCUUCACUCUUUUUUUCUCUUUCUCUCUCUAUCCAUCCCUCUCUCUCUGCAGUCAGUGCAGGGUACAGGAUUGGCCUUCAUUGCCUUCACAGAGGCCAUGACUCAUUUCCCGGCCUCUCCCUUCUGGUCCGUCAUGUUCUUCUUCAUGCUCAUCAACCUGGGCCUGGGCAGUAUGAUCGGCACCAUGACAGGCAUCACCACGCCCGUCCUUGACACCUACAAGGUCCAGAAGGAGCUCUUCACAGGUCAGCCCUAAAAUCCACUGUGGCUCUACCAUUCUCCUCUAUCAUAGUUUAUUACACAAAUUCAGCACUUUUCACCAAGACAGAGUGGGGAACUAGGUAAGACUCACAAAUUCUGAGAUUUUUAAGGAUGACUGCUUUUUUAUACUAUUGUUGUAGUCCUUUCAGGGCUGAUUACAAAGUAAUAGCAAUAAAAGCAAUGUUGCAUACAUACACUACCAGUCCAAAGUUUGGACACACCUACUCAUUCAAGGGAUUUUCUUUAUUUUUACUAUUUUCUACAUUGUAGAAUAAUAGUGAAGACAUCAAAACUAUGAAAUAAUACAUAUGGAAUCAGGUAUUAACCAAAAAAGUGUUAAACAAAUCAAAAUAUAUUUUAGAUUCUUUAAAGUAGCCACCCUUUGCCUUGAUGACAGCUUUGCACACUCUUGGCAUUCUCUCAACCACUACAUAUCUACAAUACAAAAUGUAUAAUCAGUGGUGGAAAAAGUACCCAAUUGUCAUACUUUAGUAAAAGUAAAGAUACCUUAAUAGAAAAUGACAAGUACAGUGGGGAAAAAAAGUAUUUAGUCAGCCACCAAUUGUGCAAGUUCUCCCACUUAAAAAGAUGAGAGAGGCCUGUAAUUUUCAUCAUAGGUACACGUCAACUAUGACAAACAAAAUUAGAUUUUUUUUCUCCAGAAAAUCACAUUGUAGGAUUUUUUAUGAAUUUAUUUGCAAAUUAUGGUGGAAAAUAAGUAUUUGGUCACCUACAAACAAGCAAGAUUUCUGGCUCUCACAGACCUGUAACUUCUUCUUUAAGAGGCUCCUCUGUCCUCCACUCGUUACCUGUAUUAAUGGCACCUGUUUUAACUUGUUAUCAGUAUAAAAUACACCUGUCCACAACCUCAAACAGUCACACUCCAAACUCCACUAUGGCCAAGACCAAAGAGCUGUCAAAGGACACCAGAAAAAAAAUUGUAGACCUGCACCAGGCUGGGAAGACUGAAUCUGCAUAGGUAAGCAGCUUGGUUUGAAGAAAUCAACUGUGGGAGCAGUUAUUAGGAAAUGGAAGACAUACAAGACCACUGAUAAUCUCCCUCGAUCUGGGGCUCCACGCAAGAUCUCACCCUGUGGGGUCAAAAUGAUCACAAGAACGGUGAGCAAAAAUCCCAGAACCACAAGGGGGGACCUAGUGAAUGACCUGCAGAGAGCUGGGACCAAAGUAACAAAGCCUAUCAUCAGUAACACACUACGCCGCCAGGGACUCAAAUCCUGCAGUGCCAGACGUGUCCCCCUGCUUAAGCCAGUACAUGUCCAGGCCCGUCUGAAGUUUGCUAGAGUGCAUUUGGAUGAUCCAGAAGAGGAUUGGGAGAAUGUCAUAUGGUCAGAUGAAACCAAAAUAGAACUUUUUGGUAAAAACUCAACUCGUCGUGUUUGGAGGACAAAGAAUGCUGAGUUGCAUCCAAAGAACACCAUACCUACUGUGAAGCAUGGGGGUGGAAACAUCAUGCUUUGGGGCUGUUUUUCUGCAAAGGGACCAGGACGACUGAUCCGUGCAAAGGAAAGAAUGAAUGGGGCCAUGUAUCGUGAGAUUUUGAGUGAAAACCUCCUUCCAUCAGCAAGGGCAUUGAAGAUGAAACGUGGCUGGGUCUUUCAGCAUGACAAUGAUCCCAAACACACCGCCCGGGCAACGAAGGAGUGGCUUCGUAAGAAGCAUUUCAAGGUCCUGGAGUGGCCUAGCCAGUCUCCAGAUCUCAACUCCAUAGAACAUCUUUGGAGGGAGUUGAAAGUCUGUGUUGCCCAGCGACAGCCCCAAAACAUCACUGCUCUAGAGGAGAUCUGCACGGAGGAAUGGGCCAAAAUACCAGCAACAGUGUGUGAAAACCUUGUGAAGACUUACAGAAAACGUUUGACCUGUGUCAUUGCCAACAAAGGGUAUAUAACAAAGUAUUGAGAAACUUUUGUUAUUGACCAAAUACUUAUUUUCCACCAUAAUUUGCAAAUAAAUUCAUAAAAAAUCCUACAAUGUGAUUUUCUGGAGAAAAAAAAUCUAAUUUUGUUUGUCAUAGUUGACGUGUACCUAUGAUGAAAAUUACAGGCCUCUCUCAUCUUUUUAAGUGGGAGAACUUGCACAAUUGGUGGCUGACUAAAUACUUUUUUUCCCCACUGUAAAAGUGAAAGUCACCCAGUAAAAUACUACUUGAGUAAAAGUCUAAAAGUACUUGGUUUUAAAUAUUCUUAAGUAUCAAAAGUAAAUGUAAUUGCUAAAAUAUACUUAAGUAUCACAAGUAAAAGUAUGAAUAAUUUCUAAUUCCUUAUAUUAAGCAAAACAGAUGGCACCAUUUUCUUGUUUUUUUAAUUUACGGAUAGCCAGGGGCACACUCUGACACUCAGACAUCAUUUACGAAUGAAACAUGUGUGAGUCCGCCAGAUCAGAGGCAGUAGGGAUGACCAGGGAUGUUCUCUUGAUAAGUGCGUGAAUUGGAAAAAUGUUCUUUCCAACUAAGCAUUCAAAAUGUAAUGAGUACUUUUGGGUGUCAGGGAAAAUGUAUGGAAUAAAAAGUACAUUAUUUUCUUUAGGAAUGUAGUGAAGUAAAAGUAAAAGUUGUCAGAAAUAUAAAUAGUAAAGUAAAGUACAGAUACCCCCAAAAAACUACUUAAGUAGUACUUUGAAGUAUUUUUACUUACAGUAAGUACUUUACACCACUGUGUAUAAUACCACAAUACAACAAUAUUACAACAUUACAAUGUGCGUGUGUGUGCCUGUGUGUGUGUCUUUUCAUAGUCUGUGUUGUUCCAUAAAGUGUCGUUUUAUCUGUUUAUCUAUUUUCAGUGUGCUGCUGCAUCAUAGCAUUUUUCUGUGGCCUGCUCUUCGUCCAGCGCUCUGGGAACUACUUUGUCACCAUGUUUGAUGACUACUCCGCUGGUCUGCCACUCACUGUCGUGGUCAUCCUAGAGAAUGUGUCAGUGGCCUGGAUCUACGGCACCAAGAGGUACAGGAUGGCGUCUCCUCAGAGAGCCCUAUAGUGUCAGAGGUAGCUUUGUAAAGUGAACACACUGAUCAUCACUGAUAUUGCAAUGUGUGUUUUUAUAUGAAUUAAGAGGAAAGUUGGAUAAGAGGAUGAAGAUUGAGAAAGAGUCAAGGAAAAUGUGAAUACUGUAAACUGUAAACUGAAGGAGUUGGCUGGACCUAUUUUAAACCCACCUGUAUGUGUGUGUCAGGUUUAUGCAGGACCUGGAGGACAUGUUGGGUUUCCGGCCCAAUGCCUUCUAUUUCUACAUGUGGAAGUACGUCUCCCCUUGUUGUCUCAUCGUUCUCAUUAUGGCUACUGUCAUCGAGAUGGCCAUCAGCCCGCCAGGGUACAAUGCAUGGGUGGAGGAACUGGUCAGUCAGCCUGUUGGAAAACAGUCAAAAGUUUCAUAUAGACACUUGACAUUUUGUGUACUAGCCUUAUUACAGAGUUUGCAGUCAGCACCAGGAGUAUUUCUUUUUCACCUUAUGUCCCUUGUUUCUCUCUCUAUAGGCUCAGGAGCGUUUCCAGAGCUACCCUCCCUGGGCAUUGGCCAUGUGCUUCUCCCUCAUCGUGGUGGCCAUGCUUCCUCUCCCCAUCGUCUUCAUCGCCCGCCACUUCAACCUGAUGUCUGACGGCUCCAACAAGCUGUCCGUCUCCUACCGCAAGAGCAUGAUGAAGGACAUCUCCAACCUGGAGGUGGACGAGACACGCUUCAUCCUGGGCAAGAACCCAGGAGAGACACCUUCGCCCAAGUCCCCGUUCCAAGCCUACCUGGUCCCCCCAGGCACCAAACCCCUGGAAAACCCCAACUCCCUGUCAGCCAACAGCUGCUACGGGACGGGCUUGCAGAACACCAUCAGCCCCACAACCCCCACCACCCCCGUCACCCCCACCGUCCCUGAGUGCGACUCA